AAAAAUUUUAAACUUGCUGGGCGUGGUGGCCUUCGCCAAAAGUCACAGCUCCUGAGAGGCUGAGGCAGGAGGAUCCCUUGAGCCCAAGAGUUGGAGGCUGCAGUGAGCUAUGAUGACGCCACUAAGCUCUAGGCUGGGAGACAGAACCAGACCCUGCCUCAAAACAAAAACAAAAAAUCCGUGUCGCCUACCCUCGCACACCAAGGGGCGGAUCCCCCCUGCAGCCGCGCCCCAUCCCUACGCAGCUCCCCACAACUCCCACAGACAUCCGCACACUCGGGCGGGGCGGCACAGGCCCGGAGGGCGGCGCGCGGGGCAUCACGGGGCUUGUGGUCCCCCGGAAGGGCCGCUCCUGGCUCGUGGCCGCGCCUCCCCACACUACAACUCCCACGGGGCAGCGGGACGCGGGCUCCCCGCGCCGGCCGACGGGUCGGGCCGCCAGCUCGCUCGCGCUCGGGCCCUGGCUGCCGCCGCGGGGCGGGGCGGGAAGAUGGCGGACGUGGUCGUGGGCAAGGACAAGUGCGGGGAGCAACGGCUUGUCUCGCUGCCCCUGUCCCGCAUCCGGGUCAUAAUGAAGAGCUCCCCCGAGGUGUCCAGCAUCAACCAGGAGGCGCUGGUGCUCACGGCCAAGGCCACGAUAUAUUACCAAAGAAGAUUUUAGCUAGUAAGUACCUGAAAAUGCUAAAAGAGGAAAAGAGGGAAGAAGAUGAGGAGGAGGAGAAUGACAACGAUGAUCAAAAUGAUGAUGAUGAUGAAGCUGAAUCCUAAACCAAACAAGUGCUUUUAAAAGUCUGCCUGGUGAGGAGCCUCCUGGAUUAGCACCGAAGUGUGGCACUGUUGUGCCUUAGAGACUUCCAGUUUGUCGUAUUCUUUGCUGGCUAAGAUGAGCAUCUCACGCACCUUCGCCAUAAACAGCCAAAGGGAAAGUAAUCCAGGCAGCAGUCUCGCUGCAGGCCCACACUGCAGUGAGAGGUCACCAAAAAAGGUGCCAGCACAGUCAGGCACUGCUAGUUGAUAGGCUGCUGCUCUAAACUAUAGAGGCAAAGAUGAUUUUGCUUAAUUUUUUGAUUUUCAAAUAGAUUUUGAAGAGCUUCUAAAUAUCAGUUGUAUAAAUUCAUAUGUGUAUAUUUUGGAAUUCUUAUAAACAACUAGAUUCAGUUUUAGCUAAAUUUGUACUUUGUAGGUAGUAUGUUACAUCUAAAUUUUUGUAUUUUAUAAGAAUUUGAUUAUUCAAAUAUUUUUUUACUGUAAAGAAAUAUACUUUUCCUUUUUCUAUUAAAGAUCUGUACAUAUUUUUACAAAAAUGCUUUAUGGAAUUAGUUUUAGAGUCCUCUGUUCUAAUGUUUUGCUUACUGUCUGAGAAUUUUGUGAAAUUUAAAAAUAAGCAUUUCUAACACUUUUAUUUCCAAAGGAUAAUUCCAAGUCAAAAUUACCAAAUCAAAUAGAAAAAUAAGUAUUUCCUCUGCAUAAGCAUGUUCUUAAAAAACAUUUUGUAUAUUGAAGAUAACUCUGAUCUUACUAUUCUUUGCUUUAAAUCCUUCUGUUGUCAGUAAGAGAAAACCAUAAGCCUUAUUUUCCCCCCAUAUAGGGUAAAUGUUUGGCUCCUGUCUUUUUAAUAUCUUAAAAAAAAGAGUUAUAAUUUACAUCCAGCAAAUUACCCUUUUAGUGUCCAAACUCAAUUUUGACAGAUGCUUUAUAACCAGUCAAUAUGCAGAACAGUUCUAUCCAAAGUAUUCCCAUUCACCCUUGAAGUUAGUCUCCCCCACCCCCCGCAACCACUGCUGUUUUCUGUCCCUCUUGUCUAUAAAAAUUUAUUUUAAAAUAAAAUAUGUUAAAAUCUAGUUUUUGGCAUGUAGUCCUGAGUUUGGGCAAAUAUAGUCAUGUAACCACUACAAUUUAGAUACCACAGUUCUUCUAAAAAAUUCCCUUAUGGUCAAAUCCAUCCCCACCUUUUACCCUGGCAACCACUGAGUUAUUCUCUGUCCCUAUAGCAGGAGUUUUAAGCUUUGUGUGCUAAUCUGUUAAAACUACUAAACUGCCAUUGUUGUACAAGAGCAGCCAUGGAUAAUAUGUGUAAAGGAAUAAGCGUGGCUGUAUUUCAAUAAAGCUUUAUUUCUGGAAACUGAAA